AUGACUGCAGUGGAUAGACUGGAUCACGUUAGCAACCAAUUGGCCGCCAAACGCCAAAAGACAAACCCAGAAGGCAAGCCUUUCCGCAUCACCGUGGUGGGUUCAGGCAACUGGGGGUCAACCAUCGCAAAAGUGGUCGCUGAGAACGCCAAGGAGCUUCCGGAGGAGUUCCACCAGAUCGUGAAAAUGUGGGUUUUCGAAGAAGAGGUGGACGGACGUAAGCUGACCGAAAUCAUCAACACCGAUCACGAAAACGUCAGAUACCUGCCUGACGUCAAAUUGCCGGACAACAUAGUUGCCAUUCCGGACAUCGUUGAUGCUUGUUCGGACGCCGACAUUAUUAUUUUCAAUAUCCCUCACCAGUUUUUGCCAAGGAUCCUUGCCCAAUUGAAGGGCAAGGUCAACCCUAAGGCCCGCGCAAUCUCUUGUCUGAAGGGUCUCGAGGUGUCCAAGGACGGUUGCAAGCUGCUCUCUAAUUAUAUCACGGAAGAGCUCGGAAUCUACUGUGGUGCCCUGUCGGGAGCCAACCUCGCUCCGGAGGUUGCAAGACAAAAGUGGUCAGAGACCACUGUGGCCUACAGACUCCCUGAAGACUUCCGUGGCGAGGGCAAGGAUCUCGACCAGACAGUGAUCAGAAACCUGUUCCACCGCCCAUACUUCCACGUCAGAGUCGUGGACGACGUGGCUGGUGUGUCUUUGAGCGGAGCUCUGAAGAACGUCAUUGCCAUGGCUGCCGGCUUCGUCGAGGGACUCGGCUGGGGAGAGAACGCCAAGUCUGCUGUGAUGCGGAUAGGAUUGGUCGAGAUGAUCAAGUUUGCUCACAUGUUCUUUGACGACUGUCAUUCCAGCACCUUCACCCACGAAAGUGCUGGUGUUGCCGACAUCAUCACGACGUGCGCCGGUGGACGCAACGUGCGUGUCGGAAGAUACAUGGCAGAGCACAAGGUGAGCGGCUUUGAGGCAGAGAAGGUGCUGUUGAACGGCCAAUCUUGUCAGGGUCUGCACACCACCAGAGAGGUGUACGAGUUGCUGGCUGCCAAGAACGUGAUCGACGAGUUCCCGCUCUUCAAGGCCACGUACCAGAUCAUCUACGAGGGUCUUCCUAUGGAGAAGCUGCCAGAGCUGCUUGAGGCUUCUGAGGACUAA